AAAAAGUCUCUCUCUAGCAAUAGAGAGAAAAACUCCUGGUUGCCUAGGAGCUGAGCAGUGUAUCUAGAGUGGAGCAGGGCUGGGGGAAGGCCAGAGGAGCUGGGGAACUCCAGCCUGGAAAGCCCCCCAGGCUGUCGGUCUUGCUAAAGGCCAGGAAAGGUGGGGAAACUGAGGCACCAAGUGACUACAGAUUUGAGCUGUUUCUAGAGACACUUACGAAAGGCAGGUCCUUGCUGCUGCAAAUAAGUUGUCAGUUACGUCUUCAGGAUGAGCCUGGUGGAACACUGAAAUAUUAUACACCAUAAGCUGCAGGAAAAAUCAAUUGAGGAGCAGGAAUUCAACUGGUUCACAGGACAUCACUUCCAUUUAAAGGUGCUUUUAGGCCUCUCUGCCCAUAUACCCACAAAGACAACACUGGGCAAAUAAACUCUGUUGUUUGUAAAUACACCAGGAAUAAUGGUACAACUGUUUUAGGACCAAUAGCAAAGAAUAUCAAUUCUCCCUGAGGCAUGCAACCCGCAAAAGGUGAUUGUGCUUUGUUCGGCGCUUUUUUGCAAGGGCAGAAUUGUGUGGGUUUUUUUUAUUAACAUUUUUGGACUGCAUGACUCUGACAGGACCCAGAACAAUGUUUACAGAGUUUGCCUUGAACUGAUUUGCUCUGGAAGCCAGAAGGAGAAGCAGCAAAAAGAGAAGAAAUGAUGGGUCCAUUUCUCUGCCUAUGGAUUGCAACUUUCUUUGGGAUGAGCCAGGGCUGCCCGGAGCCCUGCACUUGUGUAGAAAAAAAAUAUGGCCGCCAACUAGCAGAAUGUGCUUACAGAGAUCUGCAGGGGGUCCCCACGGGGCUGCCCUCCAACGUGACCACCCUCACCCUGUCGGCCAACAAGAUCACCUCCCUACAGCAGAGCUCCUUUUUGGAGAUCACCCAGGUACAGUCGCUGUGGCUGGCGCACAACGAAAUCUGCGCCAUUGAGGAAGGCACCUUCACCAGGCUGCUGCAUUUGAAAAACAUAGACCUCAGCCAUAACCAGCUUGCAGACUUCCCCUGGGGGGAUCUGUACAACCUCAGCACUCUGCAGCUGCUGAAGAUGAAUAACAACCAGCUUGUGAAUCUGCCCUGGGAGGCCUUCCACACCCUGAAAGACCUGAGGUCCCUGUGGAUCAAUGACAACAAGUUCACCACCAUUGCCCAGGGCACUUUUGAUGCCAUGAGUUCACUGUCUCAGUUGCAGAUCUACAACAACCCAUUGAACUGCACCUGCAGGCUUCUGUGGCUGAAGAGCUGGGCUGAGAACACCCUGAUCUCCAUCCCCAAAAGGGACUCCAUCAGCUGUGCAGCCCCGGAAAGCCUCAGAGGUGUCCCCCUGGGGAGGAUCACUAACCUUCAGUGCGCACCUCCCUCUGUACAGCUGACCUACCACCCCAACCUGGACAACACCAUACUGUAUGAUGGGCUCCUGCUCAUGCUGCACUGCAGCGUCACAGGCAACCCCCAACCAGAGAUUAGGUGGGAGAUCCAGACCUCCAUCCAAGGAACAGAGAUAAAUGGGCCCAAUGUGGAAAGAGAUAGGAAUGACCUGUCUGCUGGGGGCUCCAAGCAGAGUGCAGAGCGCUUCCUGGUCUACGCGAACGGCACCCUGGUCAUUCCCCACCUGAGCAAGCGCGAGGAAGGGACCUACACCUGCCUGGCCACCAAUGAGGUUGGUACUCGCAAGGUCUCAGUCAACGUGGCAUUGGCCAAUUCAGAAAACCCAGCAGAAGAUCUGCUCAGAAACAACCUCGCAACCAGCAAGCUUGGAGCCAAACACUGCAUCAAGGAAGCCCAAGCCAAUUCCUCCCAGGCUGGAGAAAAGCUUGUGAUCAUUUACCGUGUUCCUGCAGGGAUGGGGAGCAGUGAUGGAGACACUCUUGUGGAGUCACGUCUCUGGGCUUGCAUGCUCUGUUUAGUUGUUUUCCUUUAUUGUUAAGGAAAAUGCCAAAGGGUUUCUCUGUAUUUCUGUAUCAUUUAUAUUGACAUAGUGUCACGCAUGCACUGAGCUGCUGGGAGCUGUCUGAGGCACUAAUCAAAGCUGGGGCUGAGAUGCAGAAGCCAGGUUUGACUUUCAAACCUUCCUUCACCCCUAGUUUGGUGGCAUUCAGAAACAAGUGUUUGGUUCAACUGUAUUAAACAAGCAAGCUGGGAAACCUGAUCCAGGAUCCCAAUCCCACCUCCAAGUCUAAGGUGUUUAGAUCUGUAGGCAGGGGUUGAUUUCAAUUCAUCUUUGGUAUGAAUGUGCAGUUUCAGGAUUAAUGGCAACACUGGUGCAAUAACCCAUAUCUGGCAUGACCCCAGCUUUAAACUAAAAAGACCCUCUAUUUUUUAUUAGCUGUCCAGUGUGCAAUGAUGGGUGAACCCUGGAACAGAUCCAGAGGUUUGGUUCAGAUAGAAGCCAAAAGCAUCCUUUCAUCUACCUUCAUUAGGGCAGCUAAGUCCACCUCUGAAUGGUAAUACCAGAUGGCUGAACAGCUGGCACCUUCACCAGCCAAUCAGGUUCUUCCUUUCAAAUUAUUACCCAAUCAUUUUGUUAGCUCCUAGAAGAUAAUAUGAUUGUAAGGAAUAGCCCUCAUGGUUUCACCAAGAACAAAUCAUGCCAAACCAACCUAAUUUCAUUCUUUAAGAGGGUUACUGGCCUAGUAGAUGGAUGGGGGAGCAGUAGACAUGAUAUAUCUUGAUUUUAGUUCGGCUUUUGACACCAUCCCACGUGACAUUCUCAUAACCAAAUAUGGUCUAGAUAAAAUUACUAUAUGGGGGGUGCACAACUGGUUGAAAGAUCAUUCUCAAAGAGGAAUUAUCAAUGGUUCACUGUCAAACUGGGCAGCAUGUUUAGUGACGCCCCUGCAGUGGUCAGUCUUGCAGAGGCCAGUCUUGGAUUCACUACUAUUCAAUAUUUUCAUUAGUGAUGGAUAAUGGGAGUGAAGAGGACACUUAUAAAAUCUGCAGAUGAAACAAAGCUCAGAGAUGUUGCAAGCAUUUGGGAAGGCAGGGUUAGAAUUCAAAACUACCUUGAAAAAUUAGAGAAAUGUCCUGAAAUCAACAAGAUGAAAUUCAAUAAAAACAAGUGCAAAGUACUUCACUUAGGAAGGAAAAAUCGAAUGCACAACUACAAAGUGGGGAAUAACUAGCUAGACAGUCAUAUUGCUGAAAAGGGUCUGGGAGUUAUAGUGGAUCACAAAUUGAAUAUGAGUCAACAGUGUGAUGCAGUUGUGAAAAGUCUAACAUCAUUCUGGGGUGGACAAACAGGAGUGUCAUGUGCAAGGCACGAGAGGUAAUUGCCCUGCUCUACUCAGCACUGGGGAGGCCACAGCUGGAGCACUGUGUCCAGUUCUGGACACCACACUUUAGGAAAGAUGCGGACAAAUUGGAGAGUCCAGAGCAGAGCAACUAAAAUGAUCAAAGGUUUAGCAAACCUACCCUAUGCAGAAAGGUAAAAAAACCUGGGCAUGAGAAAAAAAUAUUGAGCGGGGGUGAGAAUUGAUAACAGUUUUCAUAGAAUCAUAGAAUAUAAGGGUUGGAAGAGACCUCAGGAGGUCAUCUAGUCCAACUCCCUGCUCAAAGCAGGGCCUUUCAAAUAGGUUAAGAGCUGUUAUAAAGAGGAUGAUGAUCAAUUGUUCUCCAUGUCUUCGGAAGGUAGGGCAGUAAGCAAUGGGCUUAAUCUGCAGCAAGGGAGAUUUAGGUUAGACAUAAGGGAAGACUUUUAGCUAUAAGGGGAGUUAAGUUCUGGAACAGGCUUCCAAGGGAGGUUGUGGAAUUCCCAUCAUUGGAGGUUUUUAAGCUCAGGUUGGACAAACCCUGUCAGGGAUGGUCUAGGUUUACUUGAUCUCAGUGCAAGGGGUUGGACUUAAUGACCGCAAGGUCUGCUCCAGCCCUACAUUCCUAUGAUUCUAGAAAACCAUCUUCAUAUUAAUAAAUAAGAACCUAAGGGUGAAUGGCUGAAUGGAGAACCAUGCUAGUCCCUGGGGGAGCAGCCAGCUGAGAUGACUAUAAAUAGAUGAUCAUGAUCUAUGGGAAAAGGGAAAGGAAGGAUGGACCCACCCACAGCAAACUCCUUUAGCUGGUCCUCAGCUAGUGUUCUAUCCCCUUUUUGCUGCCCUGAGACUUCAUUCUGAUGAUCUCUUUGGAUUGCACAAGGGACAGGGGUAUCUGGUGCAGUUCACACCACUAGAUGGUGACUCAGAGGCAGACAUGACAAAGUCCCAGCAGGGAUGAUUUAGUUGGGGUUGGUCCUGCUUUGAGCAGGGGGUUGGACUAGAUGACCUCCUGAGGGCUCUUCCAACCCUGAUAUUCUAUGAUUCUAUGCUUUGUAGGUGGCAGAGGAUGAGCGUAUGGUUGAGCUGAGGCAGAGGCUGGGCUUCCAGCACUGACCUUUAGAUCGAGGUGCAUGCAUGAGUAUUCCAAAGCUUUUCCACACUUCUAGUCCUUUUGUUUCCCCAAAAGGCCCAAUCCUGCUAGAAUCUGAGUCAAGGAUGCUCAGUGUAUUGCAGGGAGUGCUCAGCACUUUGCAGGACUGGGCCCUUCAAUCACAAUUAUCCUCCUGUCCUACACAUGAUGCCUCAAUUAUCCAUGUAACUGACUGAUCCUUGACUCACUUUUUCCACUGAAGUCAAUGGGCCAGAUCCUUAGCUGGUGUAAAUUGUCAAAGCUCUGUGGAGAUCUAGCAUCAGCUGAGAACCUGCCCCACUGAGUUACACCACUGUAAAAGUAAGAGGAAAAUCACAGCCCAGACCCUCAAUCUUCUCUUCAUGCUCAUGUCCAAAUGGGGCAAAGCAGAGACCCCCCCCACAGUGCAUGGGGAGGAAGAGAGAUGGGAAGAUAAGAUGAGGGAGAGUGAGUAACUGAGCUGUACUGCCAUGGAUGUGACAUCAGAGCUUUGUCACAUGUACUGGGGGCACGGGCGGACCAGGAUAUAGGCGAUAGCCCCUGGUGUCCCAGGCAUCUAAGAACAAUCCAGCUGUUCUACAGGGAAAGGUCAGGGUACUGUACAGCUGUUUCUCAGAUACUUAAAGAUCUCUUUCCCAGUGUGUUUUUCUAACACUAUCACCAUAGGAGCUAGAGCAAUAUCGCUGUAUCCACCUCACAUUAUUAUUUUCAGAACUAAGUUACUGAAACAUACAGAGUACAAUAAAGAUCUCUCUAAAAUGA